GCUAGGUUCCGUUAUUCCAAGCUGAGAAAUAGCAGAACAUAGAAUAGAAGCGAGUGCUGGCAACAUGGAUGAUGAAGAGAGGAGGGGAGAUACAAAUACAAACCAAGAGGCCACCGUUGCGAUGAAUCACCACCCACCUCAGACAGGAAAUGGUGGAGAUGAAAAACAAGAUUUGAAGAAGAAAGGAGAAGAAGAUGAGAGGAGUGAGAAGAAGAGCAUCCCAUACUACAAAUUGUUCUCCUUUGCGGAUGGCACAGACAUGGGAAUGAUGGUGGUGGGCACAAUAUCUGGAAUUGCAAAUGGGGUGUCCAUGCCCCUCGUCAUCCUACUGUUUGGCCAGUUGAUCGAUUCUUUUGGACACACCCAGGGCACCAACAAUGUGGUUCACGAAAUUUCCAAGGUUUGUCUCAAACUGAUCUACUUGGCUGCGGGAACCGCUGUAGCAGCAUUCUUGCAGGUGGCUUGUUGGAUGAUCACAGGGGAGAGACAGGCUGCACGGAUACGGAGUUUAUACCUGAAAACGAUAUUGAGGCAAGAUAUCGGUUUCUUUGAUAGAGAAGCAAACCCAGGAGAAGUUGUUGGAAGGAUGUCCGGUGACACUGUUCUGAUUCAAGACGCCAUCGGUGAGAAGGUUGGCAAGUUUAUACAGUUGAUGUCGAUAUUCGUGGGUGGCUUCGUGGUAGCAUUCGCCAAAGGCUGGCUUCUCACCCUUGUCAUGUUAUCUUCCAUUCCUCUUCUUGUAGUCGCUGGUGCAGUCAUGUCCAUUGUUAUAGGGAAGAUGACAUCCCGUGGACAAACUGCUUACUCACAGGCAGCAAUAGUUGUGGAACAGACACUCAGCUCUAUCAGAACGGUCGCCUCAUUUACUGGAGAGAAGGAAGCUAUAACUAAAUAUAACAAGUCACUAAGGACUGCAUAUAAAUCCGGUGUUCUUGAGGGUUUGGCUGUUGGGUUAGGCCUUGGUGCUGUCUUUUUCAUCAUAUACUGCGGUUAUGCUUUGGCAGUUUGGUAUGGUGGAAAGCUGAUACUUGAUAAAGGCUAUACAGGGGGCCGAGUUGUUAAUGUAAUUGUUGCUGUCUUGUCUGGUGCCUUGUCCUUAGGUCAGGCAUCUCCAUGCAUGAGCGCAUUUUCUGCAGGGCAAGCAGCAGCAUUCAAGAUGCUUGAGACAAUCAAGAGAAAGCCAGAGAUAGACUCCUAUGACAACAAGGGGAAGCUUCUGAAUGAUAUUCGUGGAGAUAUCGAAUUGAGGGAUGUUUACUUCAGUUAUCCGGCUAGACCAACUGAGCAGAUAUUUAGUGGGUUUUCUCUUUCCGUUCACAGUGGCACAACUGCAGCUUUGGUUGGACAGAGUGGAAGUGGGAAGUCGACAGUGAUCAAUCUGAUAGAGAGAUUUUAUGAUCCUCAAGCUGGUCAAAUUCUCAUUGAUGGAAUAAAUCUCAAGGAGUUUCAGCUUAAAUGGAUUAGGGGCAAAAUCGGGCUCGUUAGCCAGGAACCCGUACUGUUUGCUUCUAGUAUUAAAGACAAUAUAACCUAUGGGAAGGACGGUGCUUCUCUUGAAGAGAUCAGAUCUGCAGUCGAACUUGCCAAUGCUGACAAAUUCAUAGAUAAACUUCCUCAGGGACUGGAAACUUUGGUUGGUGAGAAUGGAGUUCAGCUGUCUGGAGGCCAGAAGCAAAGAGUUGCUAUAGCGAGAGCAAUUCUAAAAGAACCACGAAUCCUACUCCUAGAUGAAGCAACAAGUGCACUUGAUUCAGAAUCUGAGCGAAUUGUGCAAGAGGCAUUGGACAGGUUUAUGGUCAACAGAACUACCAUCAUCGUUGCUCAUCGCUUGAUUACAGUUAGGAAUGCUGAUAUGAUUGCUGUCGUUCAUCAAGGAAAGAUUGUAGAACAAGGCUCUCAUUCUGAGUUACUCAAGGAUCCCAAUGGAGUAUACUGCCAUCUAACACAGUUGCAAGAAGUGAACCAAGAUUCAGAACAUCAAGCACUAAAUGUAGAACCAGACAUUAUAGUGGAUUCUCAGAGGCAUUCAAGCAGUCGUAUUUCCCUAUUACGCUCCAUAAGUAGGGGAUCAUCGGGGGUUGGAAACAGCAGCCGCCAUUCGUUCUCAGCCUCAUUUGGUCUACCCAAUGGAUUUAAUAUCCAAGACACUGCAGUAAUAGAAUCCCGUACCCCACUUCCACCACCUUCUCAACAGCCAGUGACAGUCCCACUCUGGCGCCUUGCCUAUCUGAAUAAGCCAGAGAUCCCAGUCCUAGUACUUGGAGUGAUAUCAGCAGGAGUCAGUGGUGCAAUACUUCCAGUUUAUGGGAUAUUCAUCUCUAGUGUAAUAAAGACAUUCUUUAUGCAGUCAAGUGAACUUAAGAAGGACUCACACUUUUGGGCUAUCAUGUUUGUUGUCCUUGGCCUGGUAUCAUUACUGGCAUUUCCAUCAAGGACAUACUUCUUUUCAGUUGCUGGUUGUAAGUUAAUAGAAAGGGUCCGAUCAAUGUGCUUCAAAAAGGUGGUUUACAUGGAGGUUGGUUGGUUUGAUGACCCCGAUCACAUGAGUGGUGCCAUUGGUGCAAGGCUUUCUGCAGAUGCAGCAACCGUGCGGGGUCUGGUAGGGGAUUCCCUUGCCCUGCUCGUGCAGAAUGCUGCAACAGCAAUUGUGGGUUUGGUCAUUGCUUUCCAAGCAAACUGGCAAUUGUCUCUUAUAAUCCUUGCUUUGCUGCCUCUAAUAGGUCUUAGUGGAUUGGCCCAAUUUGAGUUCGUCAAAGGAUUUAGUGCAGAUGCGAAGAUGAUGUAUGAAGAAGCAAGCCAAGUUGCUAAAGAUGCUGUUGGGAGCAUUAGAACAGUUGCUUCUUUUUGUGCAGAAGAGAAGGUGAUGCAACUGUACAAAAAGAAAUGUGAAGGCCCAUUGAAAACAGGGAUGAGGCAAGGGUUGGUAGGUGGGGUUGGUUUUGGGCUGUCCUUUUUCUUCCUGUACUGUGUUUAUGCAACCAGUUUCUAUGCUGGAGCACGGCUUGUUCAGGAUGGAAAAACAACACCUUGGAAUGUUUUCCGUGUUUUCUUUGCACUCUUCAUGAUAGCUGUUGGAAUCUCUCAAUCUAGUUCUUUUGCACCUGAUUUCACCAAAGCCAAGUCUUCUACUGCUUCCAUUUUUGGAAUUCUUGACCAGAAGUCCAAGAUAGACCCAAGUGAUGACUCUGGAUUAAUUUUAGAAAAUGUGAAGGGAGAAAUUGAAUUUUCACAUGUCAAUUUUAAUUACCCAACAAGGCCUGACAUUCAAAUUUUUCAAGACCUCUGCUUGGCCAUCCAUUCCAACAAGACAGUUGCUCUGGUUGGAGAAAGUGGAUGUGGGAAAUCAACAGCGAUAUCAUUGUUGCAGAGAUUUUAUGAUCCUAGUUCAGGCCACAUUACUCUAGAUGGAAUAGAUAUUCAGAAGUUUAAGCUGAAGUGGUUGAGGCAGCAGAUGGGCUUGGUGAGUCAAGAACCUGUCUUAUUCAAUGACACCAUCCGAGCCAACAUUACAUAUGGAAAGGAAGGAAAUGCUACAGAAGCUGAGAUUAUAUCUGCAGCUGAACUGGCAAAUGCCCACAAGUUCAUUAGUGGAUUGCAACAUGGGUAUGAUACAAUAGUAGGAGAGAGAGGAGUCCAAUUGUCAGGUGGGCAAAAGCAACGUGUGGCAAUUGCACGUGCCAUAGUGAAGGGGCCAAAGAUCCUACUACUUGAUGAAGCAACAAGUGCAAUUGAUGCUGAAUCUGAGAGAGUGGUCCAAGUUGCAUUGGACCAAGUCAUGGUGGAUCGAACCACAGUUGUAGUGGCUCACAGAUUAUCCACAAUUAAGAAUGCAGAUUUGAUUGCAGUGAUCAAGAAUGGAGUCAUUGCUGAAAAAGGGAAGCAUGAAACAUUAGUCAAUAUCAAAGAUGGUGUUUAUGCGUCUUUGGCUGCAAUUUACAUGGCUGCUGCUAAUGAGUCAUCUACAUGAGUUUCUAGUUAUGAUUCUUCAUUAGUGUUAAGAAUGCAGAUUUUAUUUGCUUUUUCUUUUUUAUUAUUUUAGGAUGUAAAAUUAGAGGGUGAAUCUUUGUGGUCUACAAUCUCUAUUAUAUCUAUACCUGGCCAAUCGAUAUAACUAUACGAGGGAGAAAACUUUCCAGGGACAUUUUUGUGGUACGAAUUAAAACAAGUUCUACAUUAACACCAAACAAGUUACUUGCGUGUUGUGACAUUGCAAUUUGCAAGUUGCAUUUCACCCUACUACAAGUUGCGCUUGAUGCUAUACAUGUUAUGGGGCUCAUGUAUCAACAUGUGGACAUAAAAGUGUAUCCUUUUUGUUGAAGAUUAAUUAGUCUUAUGAUGUUUUUCUGAGUAGA